AUGAGUUUAAAAUUAACGAACACAAUCAAACAAGCCUAUAUUCUAGCUAUAACCUGUGGAAACCAUUUCCAUUCUCCACAUAACGUGGAUCUUGUUCGUGAUGGUGAACCACUCACAAGCCAGAGAAUCCGGAAUGCCCCUGCCAUUUCAGAAGAUGUUGCUAAAGAGGUGUUUGCUGAGUAUGCAGCAAGUCACUGCUGUUACAGCAAAGAUCCAGCCAAGGAGAUGGGUAUUUGUGAUUCACAAUCAUUUGAUACAUAUAGAUAUCGUUUGGAGACUUUCAGUGAAUCAAGAUCUUGUAAAUGGAGAUCAGAACCAUAUCGAGGUGAACCUGUCGAUCCCAGUCUGCGGGCCUAUGCUCCUUACCCUUGGGAUGUCCAAGUGGAGGUUUCUCCCAUGUUUAAAGAACAGAAAAAGAAAGUCAAGGUGCCCCAUACAUCAUCAGUAAAGAAGUGUCCAUAUUGCGGAGGUUCGGGUGAAACUUCCUGCGGUAGCUGUUCUGGAUUUGGAUCGGUAACUGAAACCUCUGGAGAAAACAAUACUACAUCCAGAUCAUGCUCUUCUUGUGGUGGUUCAGGGAGGGAAACCUGUAGCACGUGCGCAGGAAAAGGAAAGUUGCUGACAUUUCUUCAGUUAAAAAUUAAAUGGAAGAGUCACAUGUUUGAAUUUGUGAUGGAUCAUGGCAUUGGGUUUCCUGUAAAACUCUUCAAGAAAGUUAAUGGACAACAAACAUUUUUUGAUGAGCAACACAUGGUAUCGCCAGUGGUGGGUUUCUUGGAAAAUGCUAUAAAUGAAGUCUCUCUGGUUGCUGUUGAAGAACACCGAGCUCAGUUUAUGACUCCAAUACCAGGAGAUGUGUAUCCUUCGGAUUCUGGAAUUGCUACCUGGAAUGCUAUUGAAAAUCCUAAAGCUCAGUUUCCCCCCACAGUGUGCAUCCGGAGGCAGAAGCAAGCCAUCGAAUUACUGCACCUUACCCGGGUGGAAUAUGAGUGGCAUGGAAAACACUACUCGUACUAUGUUUAUGGAAAUGAACAGAAGAUUUAUACAGAGUACUAUCCUAAAAAGUGCUGCUGCACUGUCAUAUGAUUUGUUGAACUUCCAACUAAAAUCCCUUGAUCAGAAUUUUUGGAUGCUUGUUCUUUCCCCUCACUUGCUCAUAAGAACUAUGGAGGAUGCUGUUCCUUCUCAACAGAAAUAGUAAAUUAUUAUAUUUUUCAAGAAGAUGGAAACUCCAAACUUACAUGUUGCAAGAGAAGAUCAAGCUUUUCUUAUAACACAAAGGAAAAAACAAACAUUCUCCUAUAUAAUUCCUGUGUUCAUUGCCUGAAUAUUAUAAAGUGAAAACAUUACUAUGGGGUGAAUUGUGGCCCCAGAAGCAGCAAGUAUAUUAUGGAUUUGGUAUAUCUAUAUGUUCAUAUACAUACAGUUGGAUAUGGAACCCAAGUUUAAACUCAAAAUUUGUUUGUUUAAUUAAAAAUAUUUUAAUUAACCAUCAGAAGCCAAAGUUGUCACUAUUGCAGUCAAAUGAGUCUCAGUUUUCAUUUGUGAAAUGUUGAAGAGCAUGUUAAAGACUAUAAUUUUUCCUUCUUUUUCUAAAGGCUUCCAGUCACUUCUAAAAAUCACCGGUUACUAUUCAAAGAUACUUUUCCAAAAUUUCUGCAAGCAGUUUUUAAAUUUGUUUUAUAAACAUAUUCCAAGCUUGCUUUCUAGGCAUGUAAUUCUGUUUGGGUAAUAUAUUGUCUUUAGAUUUUAAUGUCAUUUAUGAGUUAAUACUCGUACAUGCAAAUCUGCAUAUAAUUUUAUACAUAUUGAAUUUAUGUUUUUAUAUAACUAAUUUAUGUAUUUUUCUACUAAAAACUAGCUAUUUAUCUUUCACAUGGAGUACUAUAUUUUUGUCUUAUAUGGUAAAUUUGUAAUUGGUAUUUUUAGUACGUGGUCUCAAUUGGUAUUGUCUCAAAAUGUGAUUAAUUCUUUUACACAAAAAUCAUUGUUGAUAUAUAUUUAAAAAACCCAUUUUGGUGUGGGUUUGGGUAUUGUCUGGAAGUGCCCUCCAAAGCAAAACAGGGCUAGCCCCAAAGAAGCUGGUGUACUCGUUGGCCCUUGAAUUGCAGCAGAGUUUGGUUAUGCUAUUGAGAAAAAUUUUCUUGUCAUUAUAUAUUUCUGUAAAAGAAAAAGUUUGGCAUUUAAUACAGCAUCUGUCACAUUAAUUAAAUAUUAACACAGUUUAAUAGAUGACUUGGAUUUAUGUGUAAUGAUCAUUGGAAUGGCCUAACCUUGAUUGUGGAUAACAUGAUUUUAUAGCUAUAAAUGUUAUUGUUUAUGUUUUAAUUGCUUUUAACCUUGUUUAGAUUUUUAACUAAAUAUUAUUUAAUUGUUGAAUUGUUUAAGGCAUUGAAUUUUGCCUCUGUUAUAAGUCACCUUGAGUUUCCUUUGGGGUCGAGAAGGGUGGGAUAUAAAAAUAGUAAAUAAAUAAAUAAUACAUAUACACAAACGGAAACUGUAAUGAAAUCUAUCUUAUUUACCAUUGCAAUGUAAGUGGAAACUAUUUUGUUUUACUUCAGAGAAACGCUCAUUCAGUUGAACAGCUCUCUGUA